CCAGCCGCUCUUAGCCCUGUGCUCCGCAUUCGCCGGCGGAACCUAUGAGCAGAAUUCUCCGGGCAGCGGGGGAAGGGCACCGGAAGGGACCUGCUGGGAGGAAGGAAGGGAAGGGAAGGGACGACGAACCAUGGCAGCUAUAGUUGCUGUCUGUAGGGUCCUGGGAAGGAAGAAGUUGACGCUGGGAACGGCAGCUGUCGGCCUCCCAGAUCCCGGAGCUCACGCCGUACUGUGGAGAAGAGGUUGUUCACAAUUAACCAGCAAUGAGGACCUGCCUGUUCCAAUGGAAAAUCCUUUUAAGGAGCCUCUUAAGAAAUGUAUCUUGUGUGAGAAACGUGUAGAUUAUAAGAAUGUUCAGCUUUUGUCCCAGUUUGUUUCUCCAUUUACUGGAUGCAUUUAUGGAAGGCACAUAACAGGCCUUUGUGGGAAGAAACAAAAAGAAAUCACAAAAGCAAUUAAGAGAGCUCAAAUAAUGGGGUUUAUGCCAGUCACAUAUAAGGAUCCUGUCUAUCUUAAAGACCCUAAAGUAUGUAACAUAAAGUAUCGGGAAUAAGCUGUGUAAGAUUCCCACCAAUAAACUUCUUUUAUAAUAA